AUGGAUAACUCUACCGAUCAUAAUGAUUUACGUUCGCAACCUACGUCAUCGAAUACCAGUAGGAACAAGCGUCCAGGCCAUCAAACUAAAAGCCGGCAAAAAUACCAAAGAGGAAGAGUCGCUAACAUGCGACAAACUAAAGGUGCAGCCGCGAUGAACGCACUUCAAGAAGACUUGCGUAAUAAGUUGUUUGUUGGAACUGGCGAGAUCGACGCACUGGCUAGAUUAUCGGAACAGCAGACGCUGAAAGCCAUUACGAUGUCCAUUACCACUCGUGGAAUAGGCCUUGGAAUCUGUCACUUAGCUUAUAUUUCACUAUCAGACCACACCAACAUCCAAGUGCCCAACAUCUAUGCCUUAUUUCGUGUCUCCUUAGGGCUGUUAGAAGCCAAAUUAGAAAAUAUCAAGAAAGACAUGCCUGUCAUUCCCCGCCUGACGGAACAGUGCUACGAUUAUCAAGUAACAAGUGAUAUGUUACAAGUAGCUCAAUCCGUCACAAUUGUACCUGAACCUGUAAAAAGGUGA